AUGGCAUAUCCCGCGUCCAGUGAGCCUACAACUCCUCUUAGAGGUGCUAUAUCGUUUGAUGGCGUUCCAGAAGACCUGGUACCCUCUGGCUUCGUCGAGUCUCGCAUACGGCAGCUCAACACAAUGUCGAGCUACGACAACUUAAAAGUCCAGAAUUCACCUUAUGCUGCGAAUACGCGUGAAGGCGUGGAUGUUUGCAGCCCGGCCUGUCAGCGGACGCGGGUCGAAGUGUCUGCUUCGCCUCCGGUUGGACAUUCGUACCCGGGCUUGAGGAUUAAUGACAAUCAUAGCGAUGACAACCGAGUUGCUUGGGAGGUUGCAUCGACGAGUGCCCACAUGUUUAACGUCAAGCCGAACUUGAGAGCCUCGAGAUCGAGCAAUUCUUUGGGAUUGCAAAGCCCGACCCGAGGUCCAAGCAAGUUCCGAAGUUUGCAAAGAUCAAACCAGUCUGGCGCCAACGAAACCGAGGAUACGAAAUCGGGCUUCAAGCUUUCCAGACAUUCUCAAGUCAAGCCCCAAGCAUCAUCUUCGAAUAUUCAGACAAUACAAGAAGCCCCGGGCAGCUCUAGAAAAGAGCAACGAGAUGUACUGGAGAUGUUUGACAUGUAUGGAGUCUCCCGGCCAGAGGGCUGGCUGUCGGAUGAGAGAGAUCGACAACAGGCGUCAGGGAUGAAAACUGUCCAAGUAUGCCACUCCUGUGGUGGAUAUUUACACACACGAGCGCGAUGUGCGAGAUGUGGGCAUGAGUUCUGCUCCAAGUGCAAGACAGAGUUAGUGGGUGACCUGUUUACAAAUCUUUCGGCAGGCCGAGACCACGGGCCGGGCCAGCAGAAGUUGAAACAAAAGACAUGGCAACAAGGGGUAACUCAAAGCCGGAGUCUUGCCAAUCUAUCCGAGCCUGUGCUUGACGGAGAGAGAAAGAAAACCCAUCAACUAUCUCAUUCAAAGAGCCGUGACUCUAUCACGGGCUAUCCUAAAGAAAGCCGACUGGGCCAUGCUGAAGCGGAAAGACGAGCACGCCAACAAUUUCGAUAUGAACGCCGGCAUCGCCUGGAUAAAUCCUAUAGUGAAAUGACCAUCUCUGAGCAGUGUUCUGAUUGUCCGACUUGCCAUGUCAACAGCGACCCUACCAGGCACAGUAUCUGCUGCGUUGCUCGGCAUUCUCCGUCAAAGUGGCAAGUUGUUGGUCAAGCCAAUACAAGCAUUGAAGAAGCAUCCUAUAAGCGUGGCUCCAAAGAUUCCUUCGAAUCUGCCAGUCGGAAACACGAUGCUGAAAUACGUACUGCUCAUGCCACCUCGCUCUCGUCUGAGUAUAGAACUCCACAGCCCUUCUUGACGCGGCAGCCAGGAGGUGAGAUUCCGUCAGAGGAUAGAGCUAGGGGCAAGAGUGUACCACCCUCACAGGAGCCACACUCUCAAGGUAUGUGGUCCAACGACGACAAGCAAACUUCGCCUCGACGAAGAAUAGACGGUCUUGGGGACGAAACCGCCACAAAGACUUUGAAAGCGAUUCUCAGUUUACACACUUUGGACCAAGACACUUUUUGGACUUGUUCAGAAGGCCAACACACGUCCCAGCAAGCCAAUCUGCCUCACUCGCUUGAAAAUGAUAACCAAAAUACACCGAAAUCGUCCCUGGUGGGAGCUUACCAUGAGAGUAUACAUUCGGCAGAUUUAAAAAGAUCACAGGCAUCAUCAUCAGGCAACGUCAUGUGGAAGACUCCAACAAUUCGUAUCUCGUCAUCUGGAGAAUACAAUGACGUACGAGAGACUCUGCAAGAUGUCAUGUAUGAUGAGCAGAUGAGGGGUGCUGGGGAACAACAACCCCAAGGGGUAUCACAAGUGAUGAUGGGCUCGCCCGUUAGAAGAAUGAAUGACUUGACACCGAAAAGGGAGGUCAGAGAAACACUUGGCACACGAGAUUCACCAAAGAAAGUUAUUAGUACAAGCAAGAGUCCCCAGCGAAACAUCGAGUCCUCCGAUCCUUCAACAUGGAAACAACAACUGAGAAAGAUCAACGACACGCCGGCAUGGAUGGAUAGCUCCCCAGGCAAAGAGUAUACGUUGUUGACAUCAGACUCUGGAAGGCAUCUUUGCCAAUCUCCAGCAGCAGUUACCCUUGAUGAAGAAGCUCUCUCCAACUCAUCAGCUCAGCACAAUACUAAUGACGAAGAACAAAUAUCCACGGGAUACAGGUGGAUGGAAUCUACAAGCAAUGUCCCAAAAAGUAACCAGGCAGGAGAUGAUAUGAAAGAGCCGGCGACUCCUUUUGAUAUUCCUAACAGCAAUUCUGAGAUGCCCAUAAGUCGUCACACUUGCGAAUGGCGCUCGCGGUAUCUGGGUCUUAGUGCUGCGUUUGAUAAGCUGAAAAUCGAACUGGAUAUUGCGCUAGAGCACCAAGCGAGUCAAGGCGUUGCAGAUGGGGAAACGGGGAAUGCUUCGCAUCAGCAUCAGUAUAAUGAUUACGAUGGAAUCGAGGGGUUGACCAUCAUUGUGCACAGAAGAUGCAAGGAGGAUUUGGUUCUCAACACAGAUUUGAGAGAAGAAGAACUCGCUCGUGUGGAAGAACAAUAA